AUGACGAAUUUAAAAUGGUUUUUAAUUUUCGUAUUUGAAAUGUUUUUAAUAACAGAUAUACAUGGUUCGAUAGGAGAUAAAUCACAAUUUUACAAUUUAUGUCUUGAAAUAUGUCGUGAUAGUAAUUGUGUUAAUGACCAAAAGUUUAAAGUAUUACCUUCCUUAUCAUUAAGGUUGUUACAUUGGUCUUGUAAAGAAGAUUGUAGUUAUAGUUGUAUAUGGAAGACAGUUGAUUAUUUUACAUUUCAUGGCUUAAAAGUUCCUCAAUUUCAUGGAAAGUGGCCAUUUAUUCGACUUUUUGGUUGUCAAGAACCUGCUUCCGUCAUAUUUUCUAUAUUAAAUUUUUAUGCUCAUAUUACUAUGUACUGGAAAUUUAAAAGAAAAUGUGAAUAUACUUAUCCUAUGUUUUACAUAUGGACAUAUUUUAGUCUGGUAUGUAUGCACUGUUGGUUUUGGUCAUCUAUUUUUCAUGCUAGAGACACUGCAUUCACAGAAGUAAUGGAUUAUUCCUGUGCAUUUAUUAUGGUUCUUACAUUAUUGUAUUGUAUGUUAUUAUUGAUAACUUAUAAAAGUACUAAGUUAUUUACCGUGAUUACAUGUGGAUACCUUAGUAUUUUAUAUUCACAUUUAUCUUAUUUGUGGUCUGGUUACAUUAAUUAUGACUAUAAUAUGAAAUUUAAUGUAGUUAUAGGAUUUUUAACAUUUGUUAUAACAAUGAUGUGGUGGCACUAUAAUCAUAAAAAAUUAUCUUAUAUUUAUUUGAUUGGUUGGUUCAACAUAUUAAUAGUCUUUGUUACUAUAUUAGAAGUAGCAGAUUUUGCACCCAUAUUUUGGAUAUUUGAUGCUCACUCUUUGUGGCAUGCUAGUACAGUUCCUCUUACAAUUUUGUUAUAUAGGUUCAUGAUGGCAGAUUGUUCUUAUUUGAAUACAUGUUAUAGUAAACUAAUAUUAGAUAUUAAUCAUCAUGUACAUUAG